UCUGCGCCGAGGGGGCUGAGCCGGGAGCCAGAGACUCCGAGCUCGCAUUCGGAUCCGCUAGAGCAGGAAGAUGGCGACGGACGGCGCGAGCUGCGAGCCCGACUUGCUCCAUGCCCCGGAGGAUGUGGUGGAGGCCGCGUCGGAGGCGGCGAAAAAGGAAUUUGAUUUGGACAACCUCAGCAAGUCAGAGCUGCGGAUGUUGCUCAGUGUGAUGGAAGGCGAACUGGAGGCCAGAGACCUCGUCAUCGAAGCCCUGCGGGUUCGUAGGAAGGAGGUAUUUAUCCAGGAAAGGUAUGGAAGAUUUAAUCUCAACGACCCCUUCUUGGCACUCCAAAGAGACUAUGAAGCAGGUGCUGGUGACAAAGACAAGAAGCCUGUCUGCACCAACCCCCUGUCCAUCCUGGAAGCAGUCAUGGCCCACUGCAGGAAAGUGCAGGAAAGGAUGUCCACGCAGCUGGCUGCCGCUGAGAGCAGACAAAAGAAGCUGGAAAUGGAAAAACUUGAGCUGCAAGCCCUGGACCAGGAGCACCAGAAGCUGGCCGCCCGCCUGGAGGAGGAGCGCAGCAAGAACAGGCACGUGGUGCUGAUGCUGGUGAAGGAGUGCAAGCAGCUCUCUGGCAAAGUCAUCGAGGAGGCCCAGAAGCUCGAGGAAGUGAUGGGCAGGCUGGAAGAGGAAAAGAGGAAGACGCAGGACUUAGAAGAGCAGCUGUCUGCCGAGCAGCGCCGAAGCAGCGAGAUGGAAGCGCAGAUGGAAAAGCAACUCUCCGAAUUGGACACGGAGCGCGAGCAGCUUCGUGCCAAGCUGAACCGCGAGGAAGCACACACCACUGACCUCAAAGAGGAGAUAGACAAGAUGAAGAAGAUGAUUGAGCAACUGAAAAGGGGAAAUGACAGCAAGCCCAGCCUGUCUCUUCCGCGCAAGACCAAAGAUAGGCGUCUGGUUUCCAUAUCUGUAGCCACCGAAGGACCCCCAACAAGGGCCGUUGCUUGCCAGACAGACCCAACCACGGAAAGCACUGACCCCAUGAGGAAGUUGCCUUUGACCGUCCCUGCAAAGCCUUCAGCAGGGAGCCCCCUGGUUCCUGCAAGCACAAAAGGAAACACAUGUCCCCAUGGCACGUUGGUCAGGCCGGGUAUUGACAGGCAGGCCUCCCAUGGGGACUUGAUCAGCUCCUCUGGACCCACCAUCCCAGCUGCAGGUGCAAACAGAAUUGAGGAGAAUGGACCAACUCCUGGCUCCACGCCAGAUCUCACCAGUAGCACACCCCCAGUUCCCAGCAGCACCACCCCCGUCCCAGCUCACAUGCCAGGCGUGGCUGCCCAGAAUGCUGCACCUGCCACACCAGGGCACAGUUUACAUUCUCCGUGUGCCACUGCAGCUCUGCACCCAGGCCUCAACCCACGCAUCCAAGCAGCCAGGUUUAGAUUUCAGGGCAACGCUAAUGAUCCCGACCAAAAUGGAAACACUACCCAAAGUCCUCCAUCAAGAGAUGUCUCUCCCACAAGUCGUGACAACCUGGUGGCCAAACAGCUAGCUCGGAACACUGUGAGCCAAGCAUUGUCGAGAUUCACAAGUCCUCAAGUGGGGGCUCCCCCAAGGCAGGGAGCAUCCCCGACAGGGGAUGUGGGCACCCAUCCUCCAGUCAGUCGGACUGGUUUGAAAACUCCAGGUGGAACACGAGUCGAUAGAGGAAACCCUCCUCCUAUCCCCCCGAAAAAGCCAGGGCUCUCCCAGACUCCUUCUCCACCCCACCCCCAACUCAAGAUUCCGAUGGAGAGCAGCAGGACCUCCAAUACAGGGGCCAAAAUUGAUAACAAAACUGUGGCUUCACCUCCUUCCAGCUUGCCCCCCGGGAGCAGGGUCCUUACGGAGGAGAACCCCCCUAAGUCUUCCUCCCCUCAGCUGCCACCAAAACCAUCCAUAGAUUUAACUGUGGCACCUGCAGGCUGUGCUGUGUCAGCCCUGGCCACGUCUCAGGUGGGUGCCUGGCCUGCUGGAACCCCUGGACUGAACCAGCCUGCAUGUUCAGACAGUUCCCCUGUCAUUCCCAACACCAUUGCCUUUCGCUCUUCCGUAAACCCUGUUAGUGCUUCAUCCCGUAGGCCCAGUGCCUCACACAGCCUCCUGGUAACAGCAUCAGGCUGGUCACCCUCCCUAACCCCUUUCCUAAUGAGUGGUGGUCCUGCCCCCCUGGCUGGCAGGCCCACCCUUCUUCAGCAAGCUGCUGCCCAGGGAAAUGUCACUUUAUUAUCAAUGCUGCUUAAUGAAGAAGGACUGGACAUUAAUUAUUCCUGUGAAGAUGGCCAUUCUGCCUUGUAUUCUGCUGCUAAGAAUGGACACGCAGACUGUGUGAGAUUGCUGCUGAAUGCAAAAGCCCAAGUCAACGCUGCUGAUAGAAAUGGCUUCACACCCUUGUGUGUUGCGGCUGCUCAGGGACAUUUCAAGUGCUUAAGAUUAUUAAUUGCAAAUGAUGCUAACAUCAAUCACGCUGCUGAUGGAGGACAGACACCUCUACACCUGGCCUGUAAAAAUGGAAAUAGAGAAUGUAUUAAACAACUGUUGGAAGCUGGAACUGACAGAAGUGUAAAAACCAGGGAUGGCUGGACCCCCAUGCACACUGCUGUGGACGCUGGUAAUGUGGACAGCCUUAAGCUCCUCAUGUACUACCGAGCACCAGCUCGCGAGAGCUCCUUGAAGAAGGCCCACUCUGCAUCAGGCACCUGUGCCUUGGGUCAUGAAGAAGGGAGUCCUGAAGACUGGGCCAAGCCUGUUGUUUCUGCAGACCUCAUUAACCAAGCUGACAGGGAGGGCUGGACUGCUGCCCACAUCGCUGCUUCGAGAGGUUUUAAGCACUGCCUAGAACUCUUAUGUAGGCACAACGGGCUGGAGCCAGAAAGGAGAGACAAGUGCAACCGCACUGUGCAUGAUGUUGCUACGGAUGAUUGCAAGCACUUGCUGGAGAGUCUGAAUGCUCUUAGGAUACCCUUAAUGAUUUCAGUGGGUGAGAUCCGACCAGACUUCUAUGGGUCCGACGAUUUUGAAUGUGAAAGUACAAUAUGUGCUUUAAGUAUCCGUAAGCAGACAUCGUGGGAUGAGUUUUCAAAAGCAGUGGGUCAAGCUCUAAUGGAUCAUUUUCAAGAGAUCUCUUCUGAUGAAGCGUGGAGUCUGGAAGACCUGCCAUGUAACAGCACCACGGACCCCGGCAUUGGGCUUGCUGUGAGCAGCGUGCGGUCCGUCAUGCUAGGAAGUGUGCCUUGGUCAAUGGGUCAGAGCUUCCCCCAGGCCCCAUGGGACUUCAUGAAGAAGCAGAAGGUGGAGCAAGUCACGGUGACUCUGUCAGGUCCUCAAGAUGGCUGCCUCAGUGGUGUGGCGUAUGUGUCUACAAUCCCGCUGAAGACGCUGCAGAACUACCUCCGGCUGGUCGAGCAAUAUCAUAAUGUCAUUUUCCAUGGUCCUGAAGGGAGCUUGCAAGACUUCAUAGUACAUCAGCUUGCACUCUGCAUGAAGCACAGACAAAUGGCUGCAGGAUUCUCCUGUGAAAUAGUGAGAGCUGAAGUGGAUGCCAGCUUCUCCAAGGAACAGCUAAUAGACCUGCUCAUGAGAAGCGCUUGUCUGAUCCCAGUGAAACAACCUCCUGUUAAGGAGAAAACCAUCCUCAUCUUAGAAAAUUUGGAAAAAUCUUCCUUGUCUGAGUUAUUGGGAGACUUUUUGGCACCUCUUGAAAAUCGUAGCACAGAAAGCCCCUAUACUUUGCAAAAAGCAAACGGAGCUUCUGAGUGCUAUUACUUUCACAAGAACUGCUUCCUGAUGGGGACCAUUGCCAAGGCCUGCCUCCAGGGCUCUGACCUGCUGGUGCAGCAGCACUUCCGCUGGGUCCAGCUGCGGUGGGAUGGCGAGCCCAUGCAAGGACUGCUGCCCAGGUUCCUGAGACGGAAAGUUGUGGAUAAGUUCAGAGGUCAGAUGCCUGCACCCUACGACCCCGUGUACAAGACCAUUGCCUGGGUGCUGUCCGUCUGGUGUCAGCUCAACUCCUGCUUAGCCCACUUGGGCACACCUGAAGCAUUGCUUGGCCCCAAGUAUUUCCUGUCUUGUCCUGUGGUCCCCGGACGGGCCCAACCGACAGUGGAGUGGAUGUCCAAGCUGUGGAAUGCUGUCAUCGCACCCAGAGUUCAAGCAGCCAUCCUUUUGCGAGCCUCGGUGAAGAGACAGCCCUGGCUGGGGCAGACAGCUAUGAAGAAACACGCCAGCCAAGGGCAGCAGGCAGUGGUGAAAGCCGCUCUCAGCAUCUUGCUCAAUAAAGCCGUUCUGCAUGGUUGUCCCCUCUCGAGGGCAGAGCUAGACCAGCACAUUGCAGAGUUCCAAGGGGGAAGUUUUCCUUUAUCCAUAGUUUCAAGUUACAACAGCUGCAGCAAGAAGAAAGGAGAGAGCGGGCCCUGGAGGAAGGUGAGCACCAGUCCUCGCAAGAGGUCCAGCCGCUUUGCCACACCCAGCUGGAAUGAGCCGGACCUGAGCCCAGAAGGUAUAAAAAAGAAGGCUAUGUUGCAGCUGAAUUGUGGCAGAAACGCUUCGCUGUCAAAACAAAAGUCUUCAGAGAAUCAGCGACUGUUGACGGUGAGCUUGGAUCCACGGUACUCUCUGGGAUCAGAUGAGGAGCCAGAUCUUGUCAGGGAACUUCAGAGUAUGUGCUCCAGCAAAUCCGAGUCCGACAUUAGCAAGAUUGUUGAUUCCAGGGAAGAUCUGAGGAGGUUUCACAGUCCAGGAACUGACCCUGCACUUUCAGCACCUGGGAACAAUCCAAGAACGCCAGUGUCACAGAAGGAGGUCCGUCCUCUCAGCAGCCAUUCAACUACCGAAUGCAGCACCGGUAAAUCCAAGACUGAGCCGGGGGUUUCCAGAGUUAAAUCUUUCCUUCCUGUUCCUAGAAGUAAAAUCGCUCAGUGUUCACAGAACACCCAAAGAAGCAGCAGCAGCAGUAAUACAAGGCAACCAGAAAUCAACAACAACUCCAAAGAACAGAAUUGGAAUCUACACAACCAUGAACAAGUAGAAAAACCAAACACAUAGGCCUGCCAACAACAUUCUCACUCUUAACUUCUGUAUAUUUCACACAGAAACCAAGGGCAACAAGAUGUAAAUACCUUCCAAUGAAUACAGUGUUUUCAUUAUAAUAUAAACAGAGUGCGGGACCACUAUUCAUUUAUUUUGUAAAGAAUGUAUUAUGUAUUUAUAACCAACUUUUUAAAAAAAAUUCUGUAAGACUGAACUCCAAUACCAAGAAGUUAUGCCAACUUUUCAAGUAGUUUUAUAAUAGAAAAAUUGUAACAGUUUUAACCAAGAUGUUCAGGGGUAUUACAGCACUGUCUUGUAUUAUAUAUCUGUAUAUAUGUAUGUAUAUUUGUGAAAGGUCACCAGUCCUAUUAGAUGUUACAAAGUGUAAAAUAUGGGCUUAUAAAACAUGUACCAUUUUAAAAGGGGAAUCAUAAUUAUGUUUACUUGAUGGGGAAUGACUAGAAUGGGCAAUAAUGAAUUAUUUCUUAAGAGUUAUUUUCCAUUAAAAGCCAUAUUAAGUAUUUUGCCUGUUAAAUUUGAAUUUUACAUUUUAAAUCUUUUAGUGAUUACAUUAUGAUUUGGUUCCAUCAUGUAUAUAUUUAUGCCUAUGAGUUUGCAUUAUGACUCCUUUAAUAUAUGAAAUUAUAAUGCAAUAAGUUUUCUUACAAAAAGUUUUAUAUCUAAAUAA